GAUUAUGUCGAUCUUACACGUGGAGCACUUUUUUUUUUUUAAUUUGUAUUUAUUGAGAGCUAAAGCAAUUCAAAUUGCGACUUAACAAAGUGAAUAAUCAGAAAAAUUUCUACAUUUCACGUUACUGGUGUGCAGGCCUCUCAAUUUGUAGGCUUUAUCUGUUCUUCUUUUAUAAACCAACAAAAAAAAGGAAGCAGAAUUGUUUAUUGUAGAUAAAUAUGUUGGCAGAACCACGUCAAAAAAGGGGCUAUAUUUUGACGCCACGGGCACAACCACUCUAUGAAGAUGCAAAUCGUUUCGGAAGUAGAAUGCUAGAGAAGAUGGGUUGGGCAAAGGGCAAAGGACUGGGUGUGAACGAAGAUGGCAUCCAGGAUUUCGUAAGGCCACGUUACAAACUUGACAACAGAGGUUUGGGCUUUCAAGAUCGCGAUGACCAAUGGACGCAGCAUGAAGAUUGCUUUAACGGUUUACUCAAAUCAUUAAAUGAUGGGAAUGCAAAUUGUGAAAAAAUGUCUGAAAGUGAUACAACUAGAAUUAAUCCUUUUCGAAGCAACAGAGAAAGCAUAGAAACGGCAACAGAUACCUCUAAGAAACUUAAAGAAAAAACUAGUGGCAUGUCAUUGGAGGAACGCUCAAGAAAAAGUAAGGCCCGAGUUCAUUAUAAAAAAUUUACUAAAGGCAAAGACCUCUCUCAAUAUAGCGAGAAAGAUUUGGCAAAUAUAUUUGGCAAAACGUUUACGGAAAAAAAAGAAGUUACCAACCAAGGGGAUAUAAAAACUUCGCCCGUUGCGUCAAAAGCGAUAACUUAUGAAACGAAUCCUUUUAAUACGAUGCCAAGCGAGGACAUUAUUGAAGAUAAUGUAAAUAAAGAAAAUAUGAAAAAAAAGAAAGUAAGGAAAGAUAGUGAUUGCCUUAUAAAUGAAAAAGAAAUCCUAAAAUUAAAGCAUCAAAGAAAACUAGUUAAUGAUAAUGUUGCGGAUAAGUCAGAGGCGUUCAAAGAACUAGCUGCACAAACUAGCACUUUAAUGACUGAUGAAGAUUCUUCCAAGCCUUCGUCAAAGAAAAAGUCUGUUAAACCAGUAUCUACAUCUAGUGAAAGAUCUUUAAUAAAGACUAGCGAUACAGAAGCAGAGAAUAGUAAUUUAACGAAAAUCGGCAUAGAAGCUGCCGCGACGGAUAUCACUAGAGUAGAGCGGAAGAAAACUGCCAUAGAAGUUCAGGAAGCGGACAAAGCUGUCAAAAAGAAAUCAAGUAAGCGGGAAGGUCAUGCCGUACACGAAGGAGUUGAAAAUAAUGCAGAUGCAAAAAAAGUUCAUGUAUUGAACGUUGUUGGGAACGAGCUAGAGGUGUUCAAACAAUUUGAUUCAAAAAGUUGCGCUUUGGCGGAUAGCGGAGAACCCUCAAAGACUUCGUCAAAGAAAAAGAUUGUUAAACCGUUAUCUAAGUCCAACGAUACAGAAACGGACGAUAGUAAUUCAGCGGAACUUAGCGUAGAAAAUGUUGUGGCACAUAUCACUGGAGAAAAAAAGAACAAAAGCGCCAUAGAAGUUCAGGAAUCGAACAAAGCUGUCAAAAAGAAGCCAAGUAAACAGAAAGUUCAUGUGGUCGACGAAGCAGUUGAAAUGCAUGCGUUAAGCGACCUUAGAGAUGAGUUAGAGGUUUUUAAACAAUUUGAUGCAGAAAAAAGCGCUUUAGCAACCGAUGCCGAUUCCUCACAGCCUUUGUCAAAGAAAAACCCUGUUAAAUCAGUAAUUAAAUCUAGUGAUACAGAAGCAGAUAGUGGUAAGUUAGCAAAAAUCAACAUUGAAGCUGUCCCGGCAGAAGCCAGUCGACUGAAACGGAAGGAAGCUGCCAUCGGGGGCCAGGGAAAAGACAAAGAUGUUAAAAAGAAGUCAAAUAAGCGGGAAAGUCAUGCCGUACACGAAACAUUUGAAAAUAAUGCAGAUACAAGAAAUUUUCAUGUAUUAGGCGAUGUUGGGCACGAGCUAGAGAUGUUCGAACAAUUAGUGUCAAAAAGUUGGGCUUUGGCGGAAAACACAGACUACUCAAAAGAAAAGAUUGUUAAACCGGCAUCGAAGUCCAACGAUACAGAAGCGGACGAUAGUAAUUUAACGAAAGUCGAUCUAGAAACUAUCCCGGCACCUGUUAAUAGAGUGAAACGGAAGGCCAAAGGAGUUCAGGAAUCGAAUAAAGCUGUUAAAAAAAAAGUUCGUGCGAUAGGCGAAGUAAUUGAAAAUAAUACAGAUACAGGAGAAGUUCCUGCAGUAAAUGAGGCUACUGUUGAUACCUGGACAUCUCCCACAGAAGAAGAAUAUAAUAAACCUAAAAACAAAGAAAAGAAUUCUAAGAAACAAAGAAAGCGACUUUUGGUGCAGAAUGAAGAAAAUGGAAAGGACUGUCCCUCCAAAAAACCUCAACAUCAAUCUGAAAGCGAAAUAAACCAUGAUAGUUUAAUUGUACAAAAUUGUGACGCUAACGCAGGCUUAGAUGAGCUUGAAAAGUUUAGUUUCAAGGAAUCAUCUCUUAACAGCAUAUGCAAAAAACAUGAGAAAUCCAAUAUGUACGAGAUUUCUUCAUUUUGUGCUGAAAAAUUCCGAAACGCUGAUUUACAAAAGUUUCCUGGGUCUUCUCUAUCACAAGUCGAAGGUUACUCGCUAAACGCGGACACUAUUUUGGACGUCCAAGAUAAGAAAAACGAUGAAGAGCGAAUAACAAAUCUGUGGAAGUGCACUCUUGAUAAAUACGAUCAAUUAGAGAAGCCAAAAAAAACUUACCAAAGUUAUGUUAAACAACUAAUACAAGCUAAAAAACAUAAACAAAAACGGCCAAAAUUGUACGUGAAAUCUUGGAAAAGGAAAAGUGCCUUUCAACCAAUCUGAUAACUAACAAUAAGCCAAAAAUUGUUUGCAUGUAGACCGUUUAAAAACACAAUAGAAUAAAUAUACAGAAAAUUAACAUUUUAAUAAAAUCUAUAUGUAAAGUUUGGUGCAACAGUUCUGGAAAGUGCUGAAAAUAAGAUUAAUAAUCACAAAGCUCCGUGAAAACUCGUAUUUCAGCCAUUUUGUAAAAAUUUGUAAGACUUGUACUGAACUGUCACGUCACUUUUAUGUAUGUGAACUGGGUAAGUUCUUGUACGUACUCUCUGCAUUGCAUCCUCACGAAAAUCUCUUAAAAUGCAUGCUACCAAUUGUUAAGCUAGAAAAGAUGGAAAAAUAAAAAAUUACAUUUCAAUUAAAAGCAAAGAAAAAAA